AUGGUGGCGAUUUUGGAUGGCGGCGGGCUGUGGUUCAUGGUGCUAUUGAUCCUGCAACUCUCAAAGGGUGUAAAAGGGUCACCACAAGUUGCAGCCCUUUAUGUGUUUGGAGAUUCAUUGGUAGAUGAUGGAAAUAACAACAACCUCAACUCCAUGGCAAAAGCAAACUAUUUCCCAUAUGGGUGUGAUUUCGAUAGAGGUGCCACUGGCAGAUUCAGCAAUGGAAAAACAUUUGCUGAUUUUCUUGGUGAGUUGUUGGGAGUUCCUUCUCCUCCAGCCUUUGCAGAUCCCAGCACAGUUGGAGCUAGAAUUCUCGGCGGAGUUAACUACGCUUCAGCAGCUGCUGGCAUCCUUGAUGAAACAGGACAACACUAUGGAGAUCGGUACAGUUUAAGUGAGCAGGUGGUGAAUUUUGAGACAACUUUAAGGCAGCUAAGAACAAUGAUGAGUGGAGCAAACCUGACUCAAUACCUGGCUAAAUCCGUGGCAGUAAUGGUGUUUGGGAGCAAUGAUUAUAUCAACAACUAUCUCCUACCUGCCCUUUACCCGUCCAGCAACAUUUCCAGUCCUUCCGAAUUUGCCAACAUUCUUCUCAACGCCUAUGCACGACAAAUUGUGCAAACUUCCGAGCUGCUCCGACAAUUUUCUAGCAAAUUUCUGAUCAUCUUCCAACGACGUUCUAAUCACCUCCCGGCCAUCCUCCAACAACUUCUGACUAUCCACCCGCAACUCUUUAGUCACUCUUCGGUUGCGAUCCGACCUGCCCCAAUCACUAAUCUAGUCAUGGCCGCUACACUGUUUAACUCCUCUACUCCAGUCAUUCUCGUUGCGGCAACUUCUAUGCCUUCUCUUACUAUAGAUAAUGUUGAGGCAAUUGUGACCAAGGAUUAUGGUUAUGACAUUGAACAUAAGGAUUAUCGGUGUUAUGACCCAAUAACCAAGCGUCUUCGAAUCUUCCGCCAUGUUCAGUUCUGGGAACACAAGGCCUUCAAUAGUGUUUCAAAAUUCCCAUUCAAUACUUUCUUAUAUUCUCCUAUUUUCACUAACUCAUCUAUAGAUCUUUUCCCAAAUUUUUUUGAUGCAGGUAAUGUAAGCUCAUCGGGUGAUAACUCAAUGACUGCUCCUCAUGACUUUGGAUCACCUGUUUAUCUUAUCAUCACAUCUGAUCCAUCUGAGUAUAACUCAACGACUACUCGUCGUGAAUCUGGACCAUCUGUUGGUCAUGUCAUCUCACCCGAUCCACCUGAGUCCUCUUCCACUUUGGAUGUUCAUCGUUCCAAUAGGAUUGUAACCAGAUCUUACCCGUCCUUAUUAGCUCGGCUCGGUCAGGACUUUUCGAGUUCCAUGACUGAAUGCCCAGUUUCUAAGGCAACAGAGGCACUACAUAGUGUAGGACUAAGGAAAUUCAUGCUAGCAGGAAUUGGACCACUUGGGUGCAUCCCUAACCAGUUGGCCACUGGUCGUGCUCAGCCAGGACAAUGCGUUGACUACAUUAAUCAAAUGUUGGGUACCUUCAAUGAAGGGCUAAGAUCGCUAGUCAACAAACUAAACAACGGCACCCCUCCUGGUGCCCUCUUUCUAUACGGCAACACUUAUGGUGCUCUUGGUGAUAUCCUAAAUAGCCCAGCUAGAUAUGGUAAGCAAUUAUUUCAUUUCACAAGACGAUCAUUGUUCAAUGGAUCAAUUUCUCUAGUCAGGAAACACUAUUAA